AUGAACCCAUGGGGCCUCAGAUACGACGACUUCAACACAGCCAACACUACCAAACUCACUGCCUUGGAGUACAGCAGUAGCGUUCACUACAUGACCAACCGUGGCUUUAUGUACGGAGCGAUCGCAUCGAUCAUCGUUUGCAUUAUGUGUGUCCUGCCCAGCUACUAUGGCUACUGGCAACUUGGUCGCGUAGUCACUCUCGGACCUUUCGAAAUCGCAAACGCUUUCCAUGCGCCGGUACUCGACCAUCCAGCUGUCGCGAAUGCAGGAGUCAAAGACCUGAUUCGAGAAGUUGGCAACAGGCAGGUCAAGUACGGCGAGAUGAUCCACCAUGAUGCACCUGGUCGUUUGGCCGUGGCUGAGCCUGAGUCUUUCAGAAGAGUUCACCCUAAACUGCAUGGUUGA